AUGCAGAACCAAGGCCAUGAGCCAGAUGUUAUUACGUACACUGCAUUGAUUAGUGGUUUCGGAAAGAGUAGGAGGAUUGAUGAAGCUAUAUUUCCUUUUAGGGAGAUGCGUUGCAAGCAAUUGAUGCCUAACAAUAUUACUUACAGCACUCCUAUAGGUGGAGUGUGCAGGUGGGCUGAGCUGGAUGGUGUCACCUACAAUAUUAUGGUUGAAGGACUACUAAAAAGCAAUGAGAUACUUACGGUAAUCCAACUUAAUGAAAUUGCUGAAGACAGAUUUUUGGCAGAUUCAAAAAUUGCAUCUAUGAUAAGUGAUUUGAUUGCGGUGUGUGGGAAAGAUCAUGAAUGCUAUGAAAUGUGA